UUGCCUAUUUUGCUCCUUGGUCUUUGAAUGAUUUACAAUCUAAACUGAAGCUGCAGUAACAAAUAACUUCAGUGCAAUUUAAGAGUAGGCUGCACGAUUGUCUGCUUGUGCAUGUUUUAAGUAUUUGAGUAGAAUUUGUGUUUUAUUGUGUUGCUGCUGCGUUUCUUGGCUAGGUCGCACUUGUAUAAAAUAUUUUAAUCUCAGUGUGCUUACCUAGUUUAAAUAUUGCCUAGCAUUAUUAAUUAAAAGCCCCGUAGCAGGUGCCUGCAUCAUAUCUCGACCCACGCCGUGCUUCAUAAUUCACAGUCGCAGCCUCCAAAUCCAGUUGAAUGAGUCAGAGCAUUGAUUGUUAAGGUCUGCAGUAAAAAAAAUUAGAAAAUACGGCGACACACCUCUUGAGUCUCGGAGCCAGCUGCAGCGCCGGGCUCGCUCGCUUCCUUGAUCUGCAUGCAUGAGACUCGCUUAGAUCCGGGUGAAGGGAGACAGAAAAGGAGCGAGGAGAGGGGGAGUGAAACAGAAACAAAAGAAGAAAAAGAACAAGAGGAAGGAGGAGGAGAAGAAGAAAUACGCUCGGGGAAUUAUAGACUACACAUAAGAGCGAACGCUAGCGAAGGGGGAAAGUCUUGCAUCGUAAAGAUGGCCUCCGCUAAUGACUCCCGGCAGUCUCAGAAGGACGCGGCGGAUCAGAACUUCGACUACAUGUUCAAGCUGCUGAUCAUCGGGAACAGCAGCGUGGGCAAGACCAGCUUCCUGUUCCGCUACGCCGACGACUCCUUCACCUCCGCCUUCGUCAGCACGGUGGGCAUCGACUUCAAGGUGAAGACCGUGUACCGCAACAACAAGAGGGUCAAGCUGCAGAUCUGGGACACCGCUGGUCAGGAGAGGUAUCGCACCAUCACGACCGCCUACUACAGAGGAGCCAUGGGAUUCCUGCUGACGUAUGACAUCACCAACCAGGAGUCCUUCAACGCAGUGCAAGACUGGGCGACGCAGAUCAAGACCUAUUCCUGGGACAAUGCGCAGGUCAUUUUAGUCGGUAACAAGUGUGACCUGGAAGAUGACCGGGUCAUCCCAGCAGAGGAAGGCAGGAGGCUGUCUGACGAGCUAGGUUUUGAGUUUUUCGAAGCCAGUGCGAAGGACAACAUCAACGUGAAGCAGGUGUUUGAGAGGCUGGUGGACAUUAUCUGCGAGAAGAUGAACGAGAGUCUGGAUUCGGACCCCACUGUCAUGAGCAAUAAGACCCCCACGCUGAACGAGAGCCCGCCUCCCAGCCAGGGGGGCUGUGCCUGCUAGAGACCCCCUUCAAACAACAAUCUCAUCACUGCACCUGCCAGAGACCCCUCCAAACAACAAUCUCAUCACUGCACCUGCCAGAGACCCCUCCAAACAACAAUCUCAUCACUGCACCUGCUAGAGACCCCUCCAAACAACAAUCUCAUCACUGCACCUGCUAGAGACCCCUCUAAACAACAAUCUCAUCACUGCACCUGCUAGAGACCCCUCUAAACAACAAUCUCAUCAUUGCACCUGCUAGAGACCCCUCCAAACAACAAUCUCAUCACUGCACCUGCCAGAGACCCCUCCAAACAACAAUCUCAUCACUGCACCUGCUAGAGACCCCUCUAAACAACAAUCUCAUCACUGCACCUGCUAGAGACCCCUCCAAGCAACAAUCUCAUCACUGCACCUGCUAGAGACCCCUCCAAACAACAAUCUCAUCACUGCACCUGCUAGAGACCCCUCCAAACAACAAUCUCAUCACUGCACCUGCUCGAGACCCCUCCAAACAACAAUCUCAUCACUGCACCUGCUAGAGACCCCUCUAAACAACAAUCUCAUCACUGCACCUGCUAGAGACCCCUCUAAACAACAAUCUCAUCACUGCACCUGCUAGACUGAGACCCCUCUAAACAACAAUCUCAUCACUGCACCUGCUAGACUGAGACCCCUCCAAACAACAAUCUCAUCACUGCACCUGCUAGAGACCCCUCCAAACAACAAUCUCAUCACUGCACCUGCUAGACUGAGACCCCUCUAAACAACAAUCUCAUCACUGCACCUGCUAGACUGAGACCCCUCCAAACAACAAUCUCAUCACUGCACCUGCUAGACUGAGACCCCUCCAAACAACAAUCUCAUCACUGCACCUGCUAGAGACCCCUCCAAACAACAAUCUCAUCACUGCACCUGCUAGAGACCCCUCCAAACAACAAUCUCAUCACUGCACCUGCUAGAGACCCCUCCAAGCAACAAUCUCAUCACUGCACCUGCUCGAGACCCCUCUAAACAACAAUCUCAUCACUGCACCUGCUAGACUGAGACCCCUCCAAACAACAAUCUCAUCACUGCACCUGCUAGAGACCCCUCCAAACAACAAUCUCAUCACUGCACCUGCUAGAGACCCCUCCAAACAACAAUCUCAUCACUGCACCUGCUCGAGACCCCUCCAAACAACAAUCUCAUCACUGCACCUGCUAGAGACCCCUCCAAGCAACAAUCUCAUCACUGCACCUGCUCGAGACCCCUCUAAACAACAAUCUCAUCACUGCACCUGCUAGAGACCCCUCCAAACAACAAUCUCAUCACUGCACCUGCUAGAGACCCCUCUAAACAACAAUCUCAUCACUGCACCUGCUAGAGACCCCUCCAAACAACAAUCUCAUCACUGCACCUGCUCGAGACCCCUCCAAACAACAAUCUCAUCACUGCACCUGCUAGAGACCCCUCUAAACUACUCUCUGCACUUGCAAAACCACCUGACUCUCCCACCCCCCAGGCCAUCGCUCAGCCCCCUUGCAGAGGAGGUUGUGAAACUGAUGCCAUUGCAGCUCUACCACAGAGCCAGCCUCCUGUAAGAAACAGUAGAGCAGCUUGAGCCGUUGCAGUUUCAUUUUCUGUUUGACGCAAUUCCAGAUACUGGGUUAAAAUCUAGUCAAGUGUUUUGUGGGGUUCUAAAGAUUCCUGCUCAAGGUUGGAACCCUAGUAUUGUAAGUCAGGUGCCCAUUGUAAACGCGAGAUCAGCCGUCCGUAUCAUCGCACGCAGUAUUGCUGACGAUUUUCAGAACGUGCUGUGCCAAUGUUUGUAGCAAUGCGAUGAACACAUGUAAGUGCCAUGCUGGUUAGAGCGGGCUUCUAUUGGAGCAGGUUACAGACCUGCUCUACCUUGAAGAUCCUAGUCGUUAACACUGUGGUAUCAAAAACUGCCAAAGCUUGGGUUUUUAUGUCUUCAGCCAAGAAUAUAAUUCAGAUUUCAGCCCCCGCGUCUUGUUAAGAAGACUGAUAGUCAUUGCAGAUCCUCAGUUUGUUAGUCAUUCUCUCUAACAUGUUGUAAGCUGUUGGGUGUUGCACAACACAUAAACUCUUUCUGCCCUCGUACCAUCUGACAGCGAUUUUAAUGUACAGCUCUGGCCAAAGGUUUUGCAUCACCUACAAUUUUAGGAUUGAGAGAUUAAUUAUAUAUAUUAAAAAAAACUAUAUGAACGUAAUUUAGAUCUUUUAUUUAACAUCAUGUAAGAAACUACAAAAUUAUAUCACAACAGUCUAGCGGAAGCCAUAAUAGUAGCACAGUAUUUCAUGUUAGGUUUUGAGAUGUCACAGUUUUCGGUCUGUAAUUCAAUAUGUUAACGUGACAUUAUUCAGCAGCUUUCAUAUUUGGAGGGGGAUCUAAAUAUCUGCACAGGCUGCUGGCAGACUUUUUUCAGUUUGUCAUUUAGAUUACAGUAGAUGGGAGUCCCCCGUGUGGACCUGGAAGAAAAGUUCAGUAUUUUCACACUGCUGCUGAUCCGUCGCAGUGCUACGGUCAGUACCAGGCAGGCAGGCGCUGUGCUAUCGGGAUCACUGUGCUGUGCAGCGCCAUUGUGUUUGCAUUGCUGGUAGUGCUGUGGUCUGUGCAUGGUUCUGCUAGCUGGGGUGUCUUCAGGAGGUUAUAAUGACACACAUUUCUGUACCAUUUCAGCAGGAGAAAUUUGUGUGUCCCCUCCCCUGGGCUCGCUUCUAGCUUGGCUGUGACCAGGGCGAGGCUAUGUGUUGCAGUGUUGUGUCUAUUCAGGCUAUUGCAGGAGCUCUUUUAGAGCAAUAUCGCCACCUGCUGGGCAGCCUUUUUAAUUGCAUGAUUUAAGAUGCCCUUACCUACAGAUUAAGCUUUACAAUACUGCUCAGAGAUUGAAGUGGGACUAGACACAGGAGAAACGUCUUCACACAGAGAGCAGUGAGGGGAUGGGAUGGGUUACCUAGUCAUGUUGCUGAAGGAGACUCUUCUUCACACAGAGAGUGGUGAGGGGAUGGGAUGGGUUACCUAGUCAUGUUGCUGAAGGAGACUCUUCUUCACACAGAGAGUGGGGAGGGGAUGGAAUGGGUUACCUAGUCAUGUUGCUGAAGGAGACUCUUCUUCACACAGAGAGUGGGGAGGGGAUGGAAUGGGUUACCUAGUCAUGUUGCUGAAGGAGACUCUUCUUCACACAGAGAGUGGUGAGGGGAUGGAAUGGGUUACCUAGUCAUGUUGCUGAAGGAGACUCUUCUUCACACAGAGAGUGGGGAGGGGAUGGAAUGGGUUACCUAGUCAUGUUGCUGAAGGAGACUCUUCUUCACACAGAGAGUGGGGAGGGGAUGGAAUGGGUUACCUAGUCAUGUUGCUGAAGGACACUCUUCUUCACACAGAGAGUGGUGAGGGGAUGGGAUGGGUUACCUAGUCAUGUUGCUGAAGGAGACUCUUCUUCACACAGAGAGUGGGGAGGGGAUGGAAUGGGUUACCUAGUCAUGUUGCUGAAGGAGACUCUUCUUCACACAGAGAGUGGGGAGGGGAUGGAAUGGGUUACCUAGUCAUGUUGCUGAAGGAGACUCUUCUUCACACAGAGAGUGGGGAGGGGAUGGAAUGGGUUACCUAGUCAUGUUGCUGAAGGAGACUCUUCUUCACACAGAGAGCAGUGAGGGGAUGGGAUGGGUUACCUAGUCAUGUUGCUGAAGGAGACUCUUCUUCACACAGAGAGUGGUGAGGGGAUGGAAUGGGUUACCUAGUCAUGUUGCUGAAGGAGACUCUUCUUCACACAGAGAGUGGGGAGGGGAUGGAAUGGGUUACCUAGUCAUGUUGCUGAAGGAGACUCUUCUUCACACAGAGAGCAGUGAGGGGAUGGGAUGGGUUACCUAGUCAUGUUGCUGAAGGAGACUCUUCUUCACACAGAGAGUGGGGAGGGGAUGGAAUGGGUGACCUAGUCAUGUUGUUGAUGCUGAAUCACUGGGAUUCUUAAAGGCAGGACCACAUUUUGAAAUCAACCAGCUACUGGGGACCGGACUGGCAUUAAUGUGGGCGAACGGUAAUGAAGAACUCAGAUGGUGAAUAUUAGCAUCGCUGCCUUUGAGCCACCCUUUGCCUUCGUUAAAUCUUAUUCCUUCACAGUGUAAAACGUUUCCAUUGCUUUGCUGCUUUAGUUACGAACACUGACUCUCUGGUUUUAGCUGUUAAGCAAAGACGCCUGUCUGCUCGUUUCUGUUUGAAAGCUGAAUGAUGCAGAUUGUAUGUUCUCGAACACACCGGGUCGCUCGCUGUGUGUGGUUUCUGAGGAGGCAGGGUUUCUAGCUGUGACCCUGAGACUUGCCUUAAAUUGUUUUUCUGUUUUAUUGUGCUUGUUCUUAAAGUUUUUGUUUUCUUUGCA